AUGCCAGCCAGGGUCGCAGUCGGACACUCAAGGGCCCUGGCGCGCGGCGAACGCUCCUGGCGGCCUGGGAGGGAGCCAGCGAUGCCGGGUCUGUUCUGGCGAGCCCGGCUCCCAGCGAGACUCCGCUGCAUGUCGCUGCCAAGGUCGCCAUCGAUGUCCGCAGGCUGA